UUCUGUUAGGGACUCGCGCGACCUGAGCGCGGCGCGCGGGUGGAACAGGACGCGCGCUUCCCUUAAUUAACGGAGCGCGAGCCCUGCAGGAAUGUCAGAGACGCUGCGUGGGGAAGGCAGGCGAUGCAUUUUUUUUCUAUGAGUUUACGUUGACACCAAAGACGGCGUAACAGAUGAAAUUUGAGACAGACAGCAUCAUUUUCAACCUGCUUGUCAAUUUGACUACUUUUUAUCAGAAAGCGCUUCACUAUUCCGUUCACAGUAGAGCUUCACGCGCUGGUUUAAACCUCUUCAUAUGGAAUUAUUGGUAUUGUUGACUAAAUAAAACGCGCUUUUAACACCUCAACAAACAUUUCGGUUGUGAAAAGGAUUUAUGAACCCGAAGGCCAGUUUGAAACAUCAAACCAGGGAUGCUAUUGCCAGCAUGCAAUGAGAUCUGAACAAAAGUGAAAAUGGCUGAUCUGAAAGUCCUCUUCUGUGGUCAAGACGGUGUCCAGACAGAUCACCUUGACUGGUCUCUAAAGCACCAGCAAAGUCAUCACUCAGUGUGUGCAGAUGAAAGGACUGUUUCCAAUGAAGAGUGCUGCCAGGCGUAUCUGGAGGAGAAUGUUAAUGAGGCGAACAGGCUUUCAGAACCAUGGACAGCGACUUUGCCAAUUGGACGACUCUGCAAACUCAAUGAAUGGGGAUUUGAUGAAGAAGUCGGGGUAUGUUACGACGAGCAGUUUGAAACCGCUUUUCCUGGUGUGGCUGACAUUACUGACCAUAAAGACUGCCAGUUGUUAGCUGAGGAGACCAACUAUGACAACUUCAGUUGGAAUUCAUCCAAAGAUCUCCAAGAGGUUGCCCCAGAAUGCUCUCUGCUGUCGGUUGACGAUUUCAUGGUGGAUUCAACGGAAAAGUCCGUGGAUUAUGGGUUUAUAGGAGCAGUAACCUUUUUAGUUACCGGGAUUUCCUUGGUUGUCAUUUCCUACACAGUCCCACGGGAUGUUAAAGUCAAUCCUGACACCGUUUCUGCUCGGGAGAUGGAGCGUUUGGAGAGAGAGAAUGCCCGAGUGGGGGCUCACCUGGACAGGUGUGUGAUUGCAGGAUUGUGCCUCCUCACUCUCGGAGGUGUGGUACUGUCAACCCUUCUGAUGAUCUCCAUGUAUAAAGGAGAGAUGAUCAGGAGACAAGCAUUUGCUUACUCCAAGCACCAAGCCAGACUUUACGGCUCUAUAAAUUUCAGAAGUGGCACCAGCCCAAGCAAUGCUCCUUCACUUUUGUCUCUUGAUGAUGAUGAAGGUCCUGUUGAAGUCUUGAGUUGAAGCCAGCUUUUGUCAGUUCUUAUAACAUUAUAAAAAUGGCUUUGCUUAACCGUGAUCUUCACUGUGUAACAAGUGUGAUAUCAUGACUUCUAAAAGAUGAAUCUGGAAUAUUUCAUGGAUUUAUUACCUUGAGUCAUAUCAACAAUUGUCAGUUUUAAGGAUGAAAAUGCAUGAAAGCCUAUCAUUCUGACAUGGAAUUGAGUCUGGUUUGUGUAAACCAUAUCAGUAAUACUUUACCUGAAGGGGUUUUCAUAAGACUGUCAUGACAUUUAUAAUUAUGACAUGACAAAUUACAUGAAUAUAAAUGGUAUUUUUUGCAUGCUUAUGAAAA